UUUACUUUUUCAGUGGAAGAUGAUGAAUACAUGUUUUAUUGUAUUAUAUACAUGUACAUAUCCUCAAUUUGCCGCCCAUAAUUUGUCCCUAUUAUUUGCCUUUGUCCUUUAUAACUAACAAAUGUCCACACACACACAUAUACAUAUAACAAACACAAGUAGUGUUUAAUUCAUUAUCAUAGAAAUGGAGAACAAUAAUAAUAGCAGAAAGGUGCAUUGUCUAAUUCUAUCUUUACCAGCUCAAGGUCAUAUCAACCCCAUGAUUCAAUUCUCCAAACUCUUGGAACACCAAGGAAUCAAAGUCACCUUUGUUUCAACCGUUUAUUACUGCAAGAACUUGCAUCAAGUGCCUCCAACAAUUUCACUUGAGACCAUUUCUGAUGGCUUUGACCACACUGGCCCUUCAGGUGCUAAGAACUACGGGGUUUAUAUGGAUCACUUUUGGAGAGUUGGGCCAGAGAAUCUAGCAAAUCUUGUGGAGAAUCUUGGUCGGAAAGGGUAUCCAGUUGAUUGCAUAGUGUAUGACGCAUUCUUCCCAUGGGCACUAGAAACUGCCAAGAGAUUUGGGAUUGUUGGUGCUGCUUUUCUCACUCAAAACAUGGCGGUUAACACAACAUACUAUCAUUUCCAUUUGGGGAAGAUUCAAGUUCCAUUCACGGAGGAAGAGUUUUCUUUCCCAGGGUUGCCGAAACUUGAUGUUGCUGACAUGCCUUCUUUCUUCUUCACUUAUCAGGAAAAGCCGUUUUUGCUUGAUUUGUUGGUGGAUCAGUUCUCCAACAUUCACAAAGCUGAUUGGAUUCUUUGCAAUACAUUCUACGACCUUGGUAAAGAGGUAAAUGAUUGGACAAGGAAAUUGUGGCCAAAAUAUAGGACUAUAGGACCAAACAUACCAUCAAUGUUCUUAAACAAGCAAUAUGAAAACGACCAAGAUUAUGGUGCUGCAGCAUUCGAGAGCGAAGAUUGCAUGGAAUGGCUAGACAACAAACCAAAAGGUUCUGUUGUUUAUGUAUCAUUUGGGAGUUUGGUUAUGGUUGGAGAGGAUCAAAUAGAAGAAGUAGCCUAUGCUUUAAGGGAAAGUAAUGCCUACUUCUUAUGGGUGGUAAGGGCCUCUGAGCAAAUUAAGCUUCCCAAAGACUUUGAAAAUAAAUCUGACAAGGGCUUAGUUGUAACUUGGUGCCCCCAACUAAAAGUCUUAGCUCAUGAAGCUAUUGCUUGUUUUGUGACACAUUGUGGUUGGAACUCUACAUUGGAAGCUUUGUGUUUAGGUGUUCCAAUUGUUGCAAUGCCACAAUGGUCAGAUCAAAACACAAAUGCUAAGCUUAUUGUAGAUCUUUGGAAGAUGGGAAUUAGAGCUCCUAUGGGUGAGAACAAGAUUGUGAGACAAGAAGCACUAAGACUUUGUAUAAGGGAAAUAAUCAAUGGAAGAAUUUGGCUAUAAGAGCAAUUAGUGAAGGUGGAACUUCUUAUGAAAGCAUCAAAGAAUUUGUGAAUAGUUUACUUUGCCUAAAUGCUACAUGUCCUAAAGUAUGAAUUACAUUGUGAUUUGAACAAAAAACUCCUUUGAAAUGUACAAUUGCCUGUUAAAAGUUGUGUAGACUUUGCCAUUUUACCGAUUUGAGUUCCAAAUGGUGGAAGAAAUAAUGGUGCAAAUAAAUCCAGCAGCAACAACUAAACGCAUCUAUUCGAAAAUGAUCUCUAUAGAGAUCAAUGGUAGCCCCCUCUGCAAAA